UGUACGUUUGUUUACUUCUUAUCUGCUUCUUAUGGUAUGGUUUACUUUUUAAAAUAUUUUAAUUAUUCUAACUUUGUUCUAACUAGUUUUUAUUUUCUGUAAGAUGAUUUACGAAGCAUUAGCACUGAUUGCUGUAUCUGCAUUAUGGGGCAUCACAAAUCCUUUAAUAAAGAAAAAUUCUUCAGAUAUUACUAAAAUCCAAUCCGAUUCACAUAUUAAGCAGUUUUUACUGGAAAUUAAAUACUUAUUAACAAACAUAAAGUAUAUUAUGCCUAUGACUUGUAAUCAGAUUGGAUCAGUAAUAUAUUUUAUUACCUUGCAACAUGUUGAUCUCACAUUAUCUGUACCUAUAGCGAAUUCUUUAACAUUCUUCUUUACAGCUUUAACGGGAUUUUUUCUAAAGGAAACAUUACCUUCAAAAAAAACUAUUAUUGGUAUGGUAUUUAUAUUAAUUGGUACACUAUUUUGUUGUUAUGAUAAAUAUUUAUUAAAAGAAGAAAGAGUAGAAUAAAGGUUUAUAUACUAUAAGAGCUCAGGAGCUCAGACGCACUGACGACCAGAUCCAUUUAAUGGAAUUACUGAGUGAUUGAUUUUUUUAUCAUUUGAUUUAAUGGCCUGGAGGUUGGCUGGUCCCUGCGACCUGGUCAUCAGUGCGUUUGAGCUUUAACUUCUAUAUUCAUCUGUGAUAAUAUGUAUUAUAAA